AACCCAAGGUUCACAAUGAUAUUAUAAUGCUCUAACACCCAAGCUUCUUAUUAUAGUCUCCGGUGCUCUAGCUGUUUGAGGAUCUUUCACUCUUUCAUAGCUAAACUGAAGCAGAGUCUCUGUGUGUAACUUAAAAUGGGAAGAACACCAUGUUGUUCAAAGGAGGGUUUGCAGAGAGGUCCAUGGACUACCAUAGAAGACACAUUGCUCAUUCAAUACAUCCAGUCUCAUGGUGAAGGCCAUUGGGUGUCUCUGCCAAAGAAAGCAGGGCUUCUUCGAUGUGGGAAAAGUUGCAGGCUGAGAUGGAUGAACUAUCUCCGACCAGGUAUAAAGAGAGGUAACAUAACUCCUGAUGAGGAAGACCUUAUUGUGAGGCUUCAUUCACUUCUGGGAAAUCGAUGGUCUCUAAUUGCUGGAAGACUCCCCGGUCGAACCGAUAAUGAGAUCAAGAACUACUGGAAUACCAACCUCAGCAAAAGGCUCAACAACGCUGGUAGUACUAAAAAAGGUGUAUCAAGUGUUGAAGGACAACUCGAGAAGGAUGACCGAGGCUGUGUAGCAAAGGUUAAGGUUCAUCAACCAAAGGCCAUUCGAGUUUCUGCAAACUCAAUCACAAGGAACAAUAACAUCUUAGCUGAAUUUGGUCAUCAUGAUGCAGAGGUUUCUAAUGAUCUUCAUGAUCAUAACCAUUUUGGAGAGGCCUUGGUUUGCGAAAAUGUGUUGGAUUUUGAUGUUUUUAUUCAAGGGUAUGAGGAAUAUCAGCAGCUUCUUCUCAAGGCAGAUCAAGAUCUCGAUGGUGUUCAUUUGGACUCUUUUGUUGACUCCUUGUUGAUUUAAGCUAGUUCACGCUGCAAAAUUAAGGACAUCAACAUGUGUCAAAUUGGCUUAGUUUUCAUUGAAACUGUCGUGCUCAGCUAAUAGAUAGGCUGCUCUUAUAUAUAUUACUAUGUAAGCAUGUCUAUGGACUCCUGCUGUCAGUAGUAAAAGUGAUGCGAAUUGUCAAUGUUGAUUGUACAAUUUUGUUUUACAUGUACCGCCAAAUGGAAUCACCUUUGUCUUUUACAAGUAGGUUUG